AUGGACACCCUUUUACUUACGUCAUUUGCAGUAUUCUUUUCAUUUAUCCUCUGUGUAGCACCGUUUCCGAAUAUGAUUAGAAGAGCAAAAGAUAAAGAGAUGCACUAUAUUCCGAUCUAUUUUUUGUGAAUAAAUCACUCUUGCAGAAUAGUUUGGCUUUAUUAUGGAAUUCUGAAAAAUAUUGUCCCUUUCAUUACUAACUGUGUUAUGACUGGAAUUGCUUCUAUUUUGAUGCUGAUUUUGUACUAUUUCUUUAUCAGAGAAAAAUUGAAGUUUGUUAUUUUCUAUACGAUUUUUUUGAUAGUUACUUUUGUUUUUUCUGUCUAUAUAUUUCCAGUGACUUGAGUUGGAAAUAUUGCGACUACGCUGGGAACUUUAACAUAUAUAGUAACAGCUAAGAAUUUGAAAGUUGCUAUAAACACAUUGAACCCAAAAAUGAUUGACCUGCCUAUCACAAUAGUGUCUUUUCUGAAUUCAUUCGCAUGGGCAUUUUACGGGCUAAUAAUUUUUGAUUACCCUUUGAUGAUAGGCUGCGCUAUUGGAGUGGUAGUUAGUAUAGUUUUACUAGUAAGUUAUGUAUGGAUAAAUUGCAAGAAAUUUAAAAAAAAAUUAAUCACUGUUUAA